AUGAGCAUCUUUCUGUGCUUUCAUUAUAGACUCUCUCUCUCUCUCUCUCUCUCCCUCUCUCUCUCUCUACAUAUAUAUAUAUAUAUAUUAUUAUCUUUUCAUAUCUAUCUCAUCUGUUUAUAUCUAUCUAUCUAUAUCACAUUUUUAUAUCUAUCUAUCUAUCUAUCUAUAUCAGUCUGUGUAUAUCUAUCUAUCUCAUCUGUUUAUAUCUAUCUAUAUAUCUAUCUAUAUCACUUUUUUAUAUCUAUCUAUUUACAUCAGUUGGUUUAUAUCUAUCUAUCUAUCUAUCUAUCUAUCUAUCUAUCUAUCUAUCUAUAUCAGUCUGUGUAUAUCUAUCUAUCUAUCUUUUUCAGUCUGUUUAUAUCUAUUUAUCGCAGUCUUUUCAAUAUCUAUGAGUCUAUCUUUCUAUUUUUCUAUCUACAUAUCUAUCUAUCCCAGUCUCUUCAUAUCUAUCUCAUUCUUAUCUAUCUAUCAAAGCUUGCCUUAAUCUCUCUCUCUCUCUCUCUCUCUCUCUCUCUCUCUCUCUCACUAUCUAUCUAUAAGUUUUUUCUCUCUCCUUCUCUGCCAUUAUAUCAUUCUGGCCCCCCUCUCUCUUGGCUGCUGCUCCUGUAUGUCUCUCUUUAUCUCUUUCGCCUUCUUUCUCUCCCUCUCCUCCUGUAUGUCUCUCUUUAUCUCUUUCGCCUUCUUUCUCUCCCUCUCCUCCUGUAUGUCUCUCUUGAUCUCUGUCUCCUUCUUUCUCUUCCUCUGUAUGUCUCUCUUUAUCUCUAUCACCUUUCUUGCCCUCCUUCUCUCUCUGUAUGUCUCUCUUCAUCUCUAUCUACUUCUUUCUCUCUCUACCUCUCCAUCUGUAUGUCUCUCUUUAUCUCUAUCUCCUUCUUUCUCUCCCUCUCCUCCUGUAUGUCUCUCUUGAUCUCUGUCUCCUUCUUUCUCUUCCUCUGUAUGUCUCUCUUUAUCUCUAUCACCUUUCUUGCCCUCCUUCUCUCUCUGUAUGUCUCUCUUCAUCUCUAUCUACUUCUUUCUCUCUCUACCUCUCCAUCUGUAUGUCUCUCUUUAUCUCUAUCUCCUUAUCUUAUUUAA